CUUCCCUCCCUCCCCCCCACCCAAGGCAAAAGGAAGUACAAUUUUCUCUCCCACUCAAUAAAUACUAAUUUUACCUUCCCACCCGGAAAACAGAACUCUCUUCCUAAUUUUAGAGCUUAGAGAGAACUCAAGACCUCCCGAUUUGGUUGCUAACCUGGUGGAAUCCAAAGCACGAACGGUUUUCCUUGUUUCCCCCUUUGCCAAAUUCUGUACCUCGUUCUACGUGGGACACUAUGUCUGCCAACAGCUGUACUUUCAAGGACCGAUGCGUGUCCAUCCUUUGUUGCAAAUUCUGUAAGCAAGUUCUCAGCUGUAGGGGAAUGAAGGCUGUUUUGCUGGCCGAUACUGACAUAGACCUUUAUUCUACAGACAUCCCUCCUACCGACACUGUGGAUUUCAUUGGAAGAUGCUAUUUCACUGGAAUCUGCAAAUGUAAACUGAAGGACGUCGCAUGUUUAAAAUGUGGGAACAUUGUAGGCUAUCAUGUGAUUGUUCCAUGUAGUUCCUGCCUUCUUUCCUGCAACAAUGGACAUUUCUGGAUGUUUCACAGCCAGGCGGUUUAUGGCAUUAACAGACUAGACUCCACUGGUGUAAACUUCCUACUUUGGGGCAACUUGCCAGAGACAGAAGAAUGUACAGAUGAAGAUCUGUUAGAAAUUUCAGCAGAAGAGUAUAUUCGAUGAAUGGAUUAUGAUGGAUAUGUAAUGUUUUAUAGUUUUUCUAUUUAAAAUAUUUAAUCAGCUGAUUUUAACAUUGCCAAUAAAGAUUUGCCAGUGUUUUUUUUAAAA